AUGAUCAACUCCGUUGCUAUUCUGGCUCUUGCCAGCCCGGCCUUCGCCGGUAUCAUGCAGGCUCGUGGUGAGGAUUUCGUCCGCCGCUCCGCUCAGAGCUCUGCUGCCGUUGCUGCCCCUGCCCAGGCUGAGGGCUGGGGUGAGAGCUGGUCCAAGCCCGCCGAGCACGUCUCGACUCACGACUCUUGGAGCAAGACCACUGAGUCGUGGACUACCCCGUGCACCACCUCGACCACCACCACCCCGGUGCACGAGCACACCACCACCACCCCGGUGCAUGAGCAUACCACCACCACUCCGGGGCACAAGCACACCACCACCACCCCGGUGCAUGAGCACACCACCACCACCCCGGGGCACAAGCACACCACCACCACCCCGGUGCAUGAGCACACCACCACCACCCCGGUGCACAGCAACACCACCACCCCGUGCACCACGUCGACCACCCCGGUCCACGAGCACACCACCACCCCGGUGCAUGAGCACACCACCACCCCGGUGCACAGCAACACCACCACCCCCUGCACCACCUCGACCAUUCCGGUGCACACCACCACCAUCCCGGUGAACGGCACCACCACCCCCUGCACCACCUCGACCAUUCCGGUGCACACCACCACCAUCCCGGUGAACGGCACCACCACCACUAAGCCCCACGUUCCCGUGAAGCCUGGCACCACCAAGACCCUCACUUACGUGACCACCACCUGCCCUGUCACCUCGUCUACCAUCACCUCUGGAUCUAAGACCUGGACUGUUCCCGUUACUGAAACAAACACCAUCACCAUCACCAAGACUACCGUCUGCACCCUGUGCGAUGAGAAGCCUCUGACCUUCUACAACGCCACUCAGCCCGCCACCGCAGGCCCUACCGCCCCCGUUCUGAAGCCCACUGGAGAGGUCGUGGUUCCCCACAAGACCGCUUCCACCAUCCCCGCUGUCCCCGUUGAGACCAAGCCUGUCGAGACCAAGCCUGUCGAGACCAAGCCUGCUGAGACCGUGCCUGUCGAGACCAAGCCCGUUGAGACCAAGCCCGUUGAGACCAAGCCCGCUGAGACCGUGCCCGGUGUCCCUGCUGAGACCGUGCCCGCUGUCCCCGCUCAGUCGCAGCCCGGUGUCCCUGCUGCCUCUGUCCCUGCUGUUCCUGCUCAGUCCCAGCCCGGUGUCCCUGCUGCCUCUGUCCCUGCUGUCCCUGCUCAGUCCCAGCCCGGUGUCCCUGCUGCCUCUGUCCCUGCUGUCCCUGUUCAGUCGCAGCCCGGUGUCCCUGCUGCCUCUGUCCCUGCUGUCCCUGCUCAGUCGCAGCCCGGUGUCCCUGCUCAGUCCCACCCCGCUGUCUCCGUGCCCGCUGUCUCCGUGCCCGCUGCUUCCAAGCCUGCUGAGACCAAGCCCGCUGAGACCAAGCCCGCUGCCCACCCCUCCGGCACCUCUACCCCCUCCACCCCGGAGAUCGAGACGCCCUCUACCCCCGAGCAGCACGUCUCCACCCCCUCCUCCAACGAGUUCACCGGUGCUGCCUCCAACGUCAAGCCCGUUGCUGGCCUCCUUGCCGGUAUUGUUGGUCUCAUGGCUCUCCUGUAA